AUGGAAACCCUAGAAGAAGAAUCGACAAAGACGACUGUUGAUCCAUUGAAAAAGACCAACGCAAAUAUUUCAUUACCAACUGAAGUCAUUGAAGAAAUCUUGUUUAGACUCCCUGUCAAAUCCAUACUCCGGUUCAGAUCCCCCUCUAAACCAUGGCUCUCUCGCAUCUCCAAUCCGUCAUUCACCAAACUCCAAUUCACUCGUGCCACUGCUGCCCACCUCUCUGCCUUAUUUAUUUUCACUUUCGAUCGUUCUACCCGCAAACGACACUUGCUCUCCUCCGCCCAUGACGGUGGUCCCGUCACACAUCUCAUGACGCUCCACGAGUUUGAUUAUGAUGAUAUCACAGCAGCCCAACAUUUGAACGGGCUAGUAUCUUUUUCUUGCGAGGAAUUUCCGAUGGAAUACACUCAAGUUUUUGUGGUUAACCCUAGCACGCAUAAGAUUUUUAAACUCCCACAACUCGAUCUGGAUUUUUCAAAGAACCUCUUUGGAAGGGAGUGGUACGUAUUUGUGUUUGAUGAGUCUGAAUACGAUCAUAAGAUUUUAAUCUUCAGGGAUUUUGUUCAUACAAUGGAGAUUAUGAUUUACUCUAUGUCAAAUUAUUCAUGGAGAAAGAUCAUUGUAGAGCCUCCUAUUGGUUUUACUUGUGAUCUGUUGUGCUAUAGCACCGAAAGUGGUGUUUGUGUCAAUAGUGUAGUGCAUCUAAUGCUUAUAGAAUCGUAUGACAUUUUGGCGUUUGACUUGAGAACAGAGAAGUUUUCAAUAAUUAAAACUCCUCAAGUCGGUAUAUACACUACGGAUCUGCUCGGCAAAUCAGAUAUGCUUAUAGUGAAGAUUUCAGAUAAAAGUGAAAUGGGUGUGGAGAUGAUGGUGAUUUGUACUUUCUACGCCGCUAUCAAGAACUUGCCGACGCCGCCACCGCCUCAUGAAGAUGGGUUUUCCGACGGUGUUUGGGCAACAAAUCCGGCGUAA